CAAAAUGUCAAAGUUUAGAAAGUCGCCGGCCUGGUUUUCUUCUUCAACCCACAGAUAUGCAUAUUUUUGUUUAUUGCAGUGGACUUCACAGUCGACCAGCCGAGCAAGCAAAGUAACUCAUGAAGAAGAAGAAAUAAUGAUGAAACUGUGGAUGAUUAGGGCUUUAUCUAAAACCCUAAUAUCUCCCUCUCAUGAACACGCUCGCUGCGCUUCGACCUUUGCUCUUAAGAAUGUCACGAGAUUAAAUUUCGACUCUGCGCUCAAAGAUUUGCGCAGCCUAAUCAGAGAUGCGGACUUUGUUGCAAUCGACUUGGAAAUGACUGGAGUCACCAGCACUCCCUGGAGAGAGUCUUUUGAGUUUGACCGCCACGACAUCCGAUACCUCAAAGUCAAAGACUCCGCCGAGAAGUUCGCCGUCAUUCAGUUCGGCGUUUGUCCGUUCCGAUGGGACUCUGUCAAAAAGUUCUUCAUAGCUCAUCCGCAUAACUUUUACAUAUUCCCACGUCAAGAGGUUCCAGGAAGUGACCAAUCUUAUGAGUUCUUAUGUCAGACAACGUCUCUCGAUUUUUUGGCCAAAUAUCAAUUUGAUUUCAAUACAUGCUUAAGUGAAGGGAUCUCAUAUUUAUCCAGAAUUCAAGAAACCGCAGCAUUGAAACGCCUAAGUUCUGUGUGUUUGGAUGAAUCAUCUGAAUCAUUAUCUGGCUCGAAGAAAGCUGAAGACCUACAAUUUACUAGAAUGGUAGAUGUUCUAUUUGCUGAGCGAAUGAAAAUCAAGAUCCGUGAAUGGCGUGACGGCUUGUUACAUGGUAGCAAUAAUAGUUCCAUAUUCCCACAGACUUCAGAUAAUCCAGAUCAGAGAUUUCAGACUAUUUUCUUCAAAACACGUCCAGCCUUUGUCCUUAACGGAUUUACUUCGCACCAGAAAAAGUUGAUUCAAAUGGUCAUGGAAAAGCAUUUCAAUGAUCUUGCAUUUGUCCGUGUUACUGAUGAGGAAACUUUGUGUCAAAGGCAAUUGGUUGUUUAUACCGAUUCCAAUGAGGACAGGGAUUUGCUUAUGAAGGAAAUAAAGGAUUGUCUUCUUAACGAAACAAAAAGAAAAGUGAAAUCUGCAGUUGGGUUUCGAAAGGUUAUCGAUCUUCUUUCAUCUGAGAAGAAACUGGUUGUUGGUCACAAUUGCUUUCUUGACUUUGCUCACAUAUAUGGGAAGUUUAUAGGCCCUCUCCCUUGGAGUGCUGAAGAAUAUGCUACCUCUCUGCGGAACUACUUUCCAUAUAUAAUGGACACAAAAGUACUGUUGAAUGCAAAUGGCUCUUUUCAGUUCUCAGUGAAGAAAAGCAGCACAUCACUAUCCAAUGCUUUUGCUUCUCUGUGUCCUGGAAUUGCAUCAGGUGUUAAAGACCCUAGUUUGGUUGAUAAGUUGUGUGUUCAGGUAGAGGUUCAUGUUGAUGAGCAGAGGUCAUUAGACUGGAAUUCUGGAGCGAAACAUGAGGCCGGCUAUGAUGCAUUUAUGACAGGAUGCAUAUUUGCUGAGGCGUGCAAUCGUCUGGGAGUUGAUUUUGACAUGCAUUCAACCACAUUUGGUCUAGCUGAUGAAAAGAAACUUGAAAACUACAUCAAUCUUCUUUAUCUUAGUUGGGCUAAUGGAGACAUCAUUGAUCUGAGAACUGGAAAGCGUAAUACAGACUGUUUGGCUUCUAGUACAACUCCCAAAACUCAAUUCAGGGAAGUUGAUUUUCAAAACAUUGUUCUGUUGUGGGGCUUACAGCCUACUCUAAAACCAAGUGGGAUUAGAGAAUGCAUAUCAAGAGUAUUUAGUCAAAGUUCAGUUUCUUCCAUCUACUUGAUAGAUAAAACAGCUGCAUUUGUUCAGUUCAGCAAAACUGAAACGGCGGCAGAGUUCCUAGAUAUGAUGGAAAGUUUGAGGAGUAACAAUGGUCCGAUAUCAGUUCUGCAUCCCCUCUCAAAGCUCCUAGAGGGCGGUUGCACACGCGCUGCAAACUAUGAAGUUUACAGAGAAAUAUGCAUUUCGCCCCUUUCAAAAGUCUUAUUUGCAGAUCAGGCCGAAGCUGUCAAAAUUAAAAAAAGUAGAAGUGGUUCUCUGAAAUCCAUUUCAGAAGAGGGGAUGGUCAAAGAAGAUGAAAGAUUGGGCAUGGAGAAUAGUGAUGAUAAUGCCUUCCAUAGUUCUGAUGAAAAAGAACGGACAAGUUUUGCACAAAGCUUUAGAUAAGAAGUUUUUUUUAAUUGAAUUUUUGUUUUACGACCUAUAUAAUCAUCAUUACAUUCUAAGAUAUUUCUACUUGGAUGGAAACAAUGUACAAUGUAAGAGGUUACAGAACAUUACUUGUGUCAUAAAUGAAAUUAGGU